AGCCAGCAGGCCCUCCCGCAACCCACGGCCCGCCGACCCGAACGAGCGCGGCCUCCCCAUGGCGAGGGCGGACCCCCCGGGCCGCACGGGCCACGACGACCCCGAGCCGGGCGUCGAGCGCCAGGGGCUGCUGCCGCGGCGCGGGCGGGCCGCGGGCGGGCCGGGGCCGCCCCGCGGGAGGCUGGCCGUGCUCGCCGUGCUGUCCGUGGCCCUCGUGGCUGGGGUGGCCUCGGUGGCCGCGCGGCGCGGCGCGGCGCCGCCGCCCGGGCCGGAGCGUGCUGCCCUGGGCGCCACCGUGGGCCUCCUCGACUGGGGCCACAUGGCCAAGGUGCCCCCCUGGCUGUCGUCCAUCGAGGAGGGAGCCGAGAAGGCGGUGGCUAUCGUGCUGGGCCAGUCCCUGAAGCCGGACGGCACCGCUUCCCAGCUGCUCGUCGACCGCGCCACAAAGGCCAAGGAGCUGCUCGACAACGGCACAGUGGAGGCGCUCAUUGUCUCGGGGGGGGACCCCAAGGGAACAGGACACACCGAGGCUUCAGCAAUGGCGAAAGUGUUGACGGAUCUGGGCAUUCCGAAGGAGAAGAUCAUCCUCGAGUCGCAGGCUUUCACCACGGCUGAGAAUGCCUGGUUUGCGCUGCGAUGGAUCCCCAAGGGAACAGGCCAGUUCUACAUCGUGACGUCCGAGUUUCACAUGCCGCGGGCCAGGUAUACGAUCGACGCUGUAUUUAGCCAUUUCUACAGGAUGGUCGAGGAGACGUACAAGGACGACCCGAGCUGGAAGGACAAGGCUCGGCGGUACCCGCGCCUCACUAUUCGCGAGGUGCCCACAGCAAGCUUCUGCGGGAACUCGUCGAGCAAUCUCGACGGCAACCUCACGGAUGGCUGGACCCCUAUCAAGGGCGACGUCAGCGACCUUUCUCUGGCCCGGCGAGCCGCGGACGAGUUUUGGUAUAUCGGCUCGAAGCGUGUUGAUGACGACCUCUUCGGAAGGAGCGAACAGCAGAUGCUCUGGCCGGUCCAGAUCGACGUCACGCAAGAUCCGGACAACACCGCCAACUUCAACAGCGCGUUGGCGGCGGCCAUGAACGUGCACAGGGCGCUCUGCGUGUGCACCUCGCCUCCAGAGGGGAAAGGGUCGGAGGUGGACUACCCUCUGAGGCUGCCCGCGUCGACUCAGUUCCCCGACGGGGUCCAGGCAGAUGACUGGGAGCGGGUCAGGAGCUCUUGCGAGCCCCGCUAAGAUUUCAAGCCCGCGGGUAGCUGAACGGCUGGGGCUGCUGGCCCGAAGGUGCAGACUGCAAGCGCGGGGCGAGGCGCUUCUUUUAGGCCUCCCAGAUGGGGUCAGAGUAGAUGGGGUCGGAGGAUCGCGCCGCAUCGCCGAUACGCCGAGGGCGGGGGCGCCCAGCGACCCUGGGGGCUCCCCC